UGGUUGGAGAGGCUGUCACUGGGUGUUGCGCUGGGAGCGAGGUCGGUCGGUGGGGAGGCGGCGGCGGCGGCAGCGGCAGCGACGGCAACGGCGCCUCUCGAGGGGCUCGAGCAGCGGCGAAGAGUUGUGGCGACGGCAGCCGAGAGGGUCCCCCGUUGCCUUCCUCGGCAAGCACAGAUCCUAUUCCCCCGUUCCUCGUCGGUCGUGACGGGCUCGCCUCUCCCCUUCUUCUCUUUCGCUGCGACUGAGCGCGCCCAGCCAGGCAGGUUGGACGGGAGCGGCCGCCUUCGGUUCUCUUGGUCGUCGGCUGCGCCAGCCUAGCUCCACGCAUGCCGGCCUCGUGGGUGAGUGGCCGCGGAUGGCGCCGUUGAAAAGUCCUCCUCCGCUGUCACGGUUGUGCGGGGACCUCGCGGCGCCCACUGCCUCUCGCCUCCCACUGCUGGCAACGUGAGGCGACCCCCUCCUCCUCCUCCUCUUGGCGGCAACCCACCCGAACCUGCUGCGAGCUCCCCCCGCAAUCUCUGCUGCUGCCCCCGGCGACGCGCUCCGCGGGGCGGCUUCUUCGAACAUGCCUUUGCGCCUGUGCUGCUGCUCUCCGCCGUCCGUGACGCUCUCGGUGCCGCCACAGCUGGUCGUUGGGUGCCUCUCAUGGGCGCUGGGAACUGACUUCCCGCAGGGACUUCUGUGAGGCCGAAGGGAGAGGAGGAGCGGGGAGCGGUGGCGAAAGAGGAUGAACCACGUGGGCAGCCCUGUGAAAGCUUAUGACUUCUUGCUGAAAUUCCUGCUGGUGGGCGACAGCGACGUGGGCAAAGGAGAGAUACUAGCCAGCCUGGAGGAUGGAGCCACCGAGUCGCCUUACGGGUACAAUAUGGGUAUUGAUUACAAGACGACAACAAUACUCCUGGAUGGCCGUCGAAUAAAGCUGCAGCUCUGGGACACAUCUGGGCAAGGCAGAUUCUGCACCAUAUUUCGUUCCUAUUCCAGAGGGGCCCAGGGUGUGAUAUUGGUAUAUGACAUUACAAAUCGCUGGUCAUUUGAUGGCAUUGAUCGAUGGAUAAAGGAAAUAGAUGAGCAUGCUCCUGGUGUACCCAAAAUCCUUGUUGGCAACCGCCUGCAUCUGGCCUUCAAACGACAAGUAUCUACUGAGCAGGCACAGGCCUAUGCUGAAAGAUUAGGCAUGACAUUCUUUGAAGUAAGCCCACUCUGUAAUUUCAACAUCACAGAGUCCUUUACGGAACUUGCAAGGAUUGUGUUAAUGAGACAUGGAAUGGACCGGCUGUGGAGGCCAAACAAAGUCCUGAGUUUGCAAGAUCUUUGUUGCCGCGCCAUAGUUUCAUGCACCCCAGUGCACCUUGUGGACAAACUUCCACUCCCUGUUGCCUUAAGAAGCCAUCUCAAAUCGUUCUCUAUGGCCAAUGGACUUAAUGCUCGGAUGAUGCACGGACGUUCCUACUCUCUCACUGCCAGCAACAACAACAAAAGAAAUAGUCUGAAGAAAGCCAAAAUUAUCCAUCCACUCCAGAGCCCUCCGAAACACUGCACCAGAAAUAGCUGUAAAAUCUCCUAAGCCUCUGCUUGGAAAGGUUUGGGCCAGAGCCUUUAACACAAGGACUCAUAGUCAGGUCUGUUGUAUGUAUUGCAUUACAGAAACAGAACAAAAAAAUUGCUAUUUUAGAGUCAUUUGUUUUAAAUAAUGCUGCUUCCAGAUGUGUGAUGCACUCUGUGCAAACAAAGGGAUGUGAAACUUUGCUGUUGGGUUUUUUAUAUAUCAUUUUUUGAUGUGCAUGAAGACUUUGUGUGUUUUAUAAAGGGAAUAAUUUAUCACACUACUCAGCUUUCGAUGACACUAAAUCUCAGAAGUGAGUUGUUUUAAUUGCUCAAAUAUUGUUUAAUCACUACAUUUUAUUAGCAGUUAAAUAGGAAUCAGUGUCAGUCUGUAGAUGCAGGCAGUUUUUUAAACCACAAUGUAUUGUAUACAUUGUAAAAGCUACAAAUUCUGUAGUGAAACGAUUAUUUGUGAUGUUGCAGUAGAGCAUCUGAAAAUGGUUUUGUACUGUUUCCUCAGUGAUUUUGAAGCACUGCUUUGAGCUACCAGUGUGUAAAUGCAAUAUACACAAGAUUUUCUCCCAUCCAUGUAUAAAAUAUUUGAUAAAAGUUUUGCUAUGUUGUUUAGGGAUUAAUCUGUGGUUUAUAUGCUUAUUUUUCUGGUAAAUCUACAUUUUUGUAAUGGAUAUUCUAGUGAUCAGUUAUAUUGCAAAAUAAGCCAAAGACAUCAGAUGUAUUUGCCACAUAGCAGUAAGAAAAAUGUGAUUUGAAAAGCUGCUUUAUCGGGGAAAGGACGCUAUUUAAAAAUAAAACUCUUUUUAAAAGCUC